ACAUGUUUUUUUUUAACAUGUUGCUCGUAGAGACUUGAGACAGAUCCCUCCUCAGAAGCCCAUUCUUUUUGUCAAAAGGAUUGGGUCUAUCAUCUCCCACAUUUUUUCUCUCAUUUUGAUGAGCUGUUUAAUUUUGGCCCAGCUGAUCACCUCUAAAUACAAUCCAAAUCCAUAUAAAAGACACUAGUGUAUAUCAUGUCAAAUUCAUAACCCAAACCCAAAAAGAAAAAAGAAAAAAAAAAGAAAAUAAACAAAUGAUACGAAGCGAAGCCAGAAAGGAAAGAAACUAAAAGAAACGCCUUGCGCGGGAAAAGGGAAGAGGCAAUCUUCACAAAACGGAAUUACAAAUUUGCAACUGAGAAAGGGAAAAAGAGAGUAAGAAAUGGACAACGAACAAGAUAACAAGGCUCUGAAAUUCCGAACGGCGUCACUGAGUCGCUGUACCAAAGCAGCUUUGUUCCUCCACCGCCUGAACUCACUUCGCGCCGUUAACAACGGAGAAGAAGAACACGAGAAGUUGAAGAAGGAGAUGCAGGAUCUGAAGAUGGAAUUGCUGAAGGAACGUCGGAAGAAUAAGAAGAUGAAGCUCUGCUCGUUCAUGGAGCUGCUUCUUCAGGUUCUCUUGUUACUUUCGCUUUGGACCUUCUUCUUGGCGUUCUUCCUCAGAGGUCCGUGAACGAUGCUAUGGAUCUCGAUCGAAACGCAGCGUGUAGGUCAUGUUAUGGUUUGCAUCGCAGUUGUUAAUUUGACUUUCUAGAUGCUUCUUCUGUGUUAUGUGGGAGCUCUUCGUUUAUAAAUUGGCCUGUGCCGUUGCCUCUCGUAACAAUUGAUUUCUCUGUUCAUGUAAUUGAAUGGCUGAAGGUUCCUGGUUUUAGUCUUCUUUUUCC